AUGUCAAACGAACAGCUCGUCACAGUCUCAUAUCAAGAUCGCGUGGCGAUCGUGACCCUCAAUCGCCCAGACAAGCUAAACGCUCUCAACCAAGAUCUAUACUACCUUCUAGCAGAGCGCCUGCGUGAGAUUGAGCAGCGCAGAGACAUUUACAUCACAGUUCUCACAGGAACUGGUCGUUUCUUCUCUGCCGGAGCGGACGUAACCAGCACUCGACCCGGAGGCGGCGAGCUCAGCUCUGGAGCGCGCCGCGAGCUCCUCAAAGGCUUCGUCGCCAACAACGUCGACGUAACCCGCACUUUCUACAACCACUCCAAGAUCCUGGUCGUUGCACUCAACGGCCCAGCUGUAGGAUUGUCAGCGGCUCUCGUUGCGCAUGCAGACUUCAUCUACGCAACACCGCAUACUUUCAUCCUGACACCGUUCUCUUCACUUGGUCUCGUGGCUGAAGGCGGUGCCAGCCGUGCGUUCGUUGAGCGCCUUGGUAUCGCCAAGGCCAAUGAGGCGUUGAUCAUGAGCAAGCGGAUUACCUGUGAUGAACUGGUUGCUACUGGGUUUGUCAACAAGGUUAUUGCUGCUCCUUCGGGUCAGAAGGAAGACUCAGAUGGCUUCUUGAAGAAGGUUCUUGAGGAGGUGGAUGAUCGGCUGGGAACACAUCUCAAUCAGUCUAGCUUGCUGGGUAUCAAGGAGCUUGUUCGUCGUCCCGAGAGGGAGAUCCUGGACCGCCAAAAUGGUCUUGAGGCUUUCGCUGGUCUGGAGCGCUUUAUGGCUGGCUAUCCUCAGGAAGAGUUCCGGAAAUUGGCAUCUGGCGAGAAGAAGCAUAAGCUUUAG